AUGAUGAAGUUCCCUGAAAAGCCACCAUGCCUAAACCUUACCCAGCUAGAGGAGCGUCUAAUCUCCCCAAGAAUACCGUUUAUGCAGUUACGUGAACUUCCCAGGGGUGGACAAGUCAGCAUAAAUGGUAAUGUGGUUAAUGUGCCAGCAAAUAUGACCUCAACAGUUUUAAAUUUACCAAGGACUCUGUCAAAUGAUGCAUGUAUUCCUUUACAACUGAAGAGAAGGCUCUCUUAUCAACAUCAUGUUCAACAGGAAAUGAUACGUCCCAACUCGGUCAUGGAUGCAUUGAAAUACCUUGUACAAAAUAGCCCCCUAUUCAAAGAAGAAGGCGUGACAUUGGAUGAAAAUUGGAGGUUAGAUCAGGAUCAGGACCAUUCAGUUCUUGCAACAAAUUCAUUUAACAAAUCUGAAAUUACAAAUGCACCUGCACACUCUGACGAAAUAACAGAAGAUAAAUGGGACGAGACAGGUAUAGAGGAACAAGCAGUUGGUAAUCUGGAUACCAUGAUGCAUCCUAUUGAUGUAUCACACGACGAAAGCCAAGUUUUUGCUUUUGCUCCCUGUGAAGGAAAUACUCCUAUUAAUAUAUUUAUGGACAAAUAUUCGGAAGAAUUAUCCUUUCCAACAAUUUUCUGUGGAUAUAAAAGACCAUCAUCAGAAGAACGUUUAGUUCGAGUGUAUCUCUCAGAAGUUUACAAAUCUGAACUUCGACAAAAAGACAGGAGAGUUGCUUCGCAUAUUCCAAAUUUGUUCUUCAAGGUAAAAAAACUCCAGGCACAACAUGUUUCAGAAAAAUCAAAUUUGUGUAUGCGUAAAGCCAUUAAUACCAAAGGCAUCACUGCUGGUUACUUAAAGGAUGCCGAAAAUAUUCAAAAGAUAUGUCAUUUGGAUGAAGGCUAUAGAGUCUUUAAAGACCUAAGAGGAUCCCCGCCCUACUGGGAGAAAACCAAGAAGGAUCUUUUCGCCAUGAUACGAUGCUUGGGUAUACCAACAUGGUUUGCCUCAUUUUCUUCGGCUGAAACAAGGUGGACACAUCUUUUGAAAAUUCUAUCACAAACUGUUGAUGGCAAAACUUUGUCAGACAAGGAUAUAGAAGAAAUGGAUUGGUUCCAGAAAUGUAACCUCAUUCGUAAAGAUCCAGUAACAUGUGCUAGACAUUUUCAGCACCAAGUUCAAAAGUUUAUUGGUCAAGUUUUGUUGUCAGCAGCAUCACCUGUAGGGAAAGUAACAGACUAUUUCUACAAAGUAGAGUUCCAGAUGCGUGGCUCCCCACAUAUUCAUAUGUUGAUGUGGGUAGAAGAUUCUCCAAAGCUAAAGGAAAACAAUGAGAAUGAGGCAGAAAUCAUCAGCUAUGUAGAUUCCUACAUCACUGUAACCAAAGAUCCAGAAAUAGGACAACUGGUGAAACUACAGGAACAUUCUCAUAGUAGAACAUGUAGGAAAAAGAAUCAGGAAAUAUGUCGAUUUGCCUUUCCAUUGCCACCAUUACCCGAGACACUCAUUCUUACUCCCCUGGAUACGAACAUUGACAGUAGCACUAAACAAAAACAUUGUGAAAAUUGGAAAAAAAUUGGAAAAAUGAUCAACUCGCUCAAAAAAGGAGAAUCUAUGGAAUUUGAGGCCUUUCUACUUAAACUUGAUUUGUCAUAUGAAGAUUACAUUUUGGCGAUUCGGACAUCUAUAACAACAAAUAAAAUUUUCCUGAAAAGGAAAAUUGAUGAAGCAAGAAUUAACAGCUACAACAAAACUCUUCUUCAAUGUUGGAGAGCCAACAUGGACCUUCAAUUUGUGAUAGAUCCUUAUGCAUGUGCAAUGUACAUAGUGACAUAUAUUGCCAAAAGCCAGAGAGGGAUCAGUAACCUAUUGUAUGCUGCAACAAAAGAAGCCAGAGAAGGCAAUGAAACUUUGAGGAAGCAGGUUAGAGCUAUAGGGCAUCAAUUUUUAACACAUGUGGAACUUUCGGCACAAGAAGCUGUUUAUUACAUCCUCCAAAUGCCAUUGAAGAAAUCUUCACGCCAAGUUAUCUUCAUAAAUACAUCACCAAAAGAUGAGAGAUGUGUACUUUUGAAAAGCUUCAGUUGUAUUCAACAACUAUCAAAUGACUCUCAAGAAAUUCAAGCUAUUAGUAUUCACCAAAGAUAUGCUGCAAGGCCGAAAUCAAUGGAACACAUUUGUCUAGCAGACUUUGUAUGCAAGUAUAAAGUAUGCUACACACAAAAAGCAAGACACAAAGAUGAAGACUCUGAAGAUAGUGACAUUGAUGCGGAAGAUGAAGAAAGCACUACAUUUAAAUGCCUCGGAGCAACUAUCAAGAAGCGCAAAAUUUCUGCAUGCAUCAGAUAUGUCAGGUUCCAAGAAAUUGAUGAUAAAGAGAACUACUUUCGUGAAAUCAUUUUGCUGUUUUAUCCUUGGAGAGACGAGUCACAAUUGAUUGGCAACAGUGAAACAUUCACGGAACAGUAUAGAGUUUUGUCAAAAGAAUUUGAUAUAAAAUCAAAAAUGGAUGAGUACAACCAUAAAUAUCCUCUUCUGGAUCAAGCUAUUUUAGAUGCCAAAAAUACAACGGAGGAAAUUUUGGAGGAGCAGUGGAAUUCUUACGCUCCCACACGAUCCGAGGAUAAAGAAGAUGAAGAUAUUGGUGUUGGAGCAGAUGUCUAUCCAGAACUUUGUCUUCCAGAUUUGGAUGUACCUGAUGAGGAAUCAGGAAAAGUAGAAAUAAACACAUGUGAUAGUUUGAUCAAAUAUAUGAAAACUGACGAAUAUCUACAUCUAAUCAGAUCAUUAAAUGAGCAACAAGAAGAAUUUUUCCUGCACAUUCUUCAUCAUUUCAAGACAUCUACAGAACCAAUAUACCAGUUUCUUACUGGUGGAGCUGGAGUUGGGAAAUCAGUAUUGGUUCAUGCAAUAUAUCAAGCUUUGACUAGAUACUUCAAUAGUACUCCAGGUACAAAUCCAGAUGAACCCAAGGUACUGUUGGCAGCUCCAACUGGUAAAGCAGCUCACUUGAUUAAAGGAAAUACAUUACAUUCACUUUUUAAGAUUCCGGCAAAUCAAGGAUACCAAUACAAACCAUUAGUAAGUGAAAAGCUGAAUACACUUAGAUGUAAAUUCAAACAUGUCCAGUUACUUAUCAUUGACGAGAUUUCCAUGGUAGGAAAUAAGAUGUUCUCAUUUAUUCACCAGAGGUUACAGCAGAUAAAAGGUUCAAACAAAUUGUUUGGAGGUAUCUCAAUACUAGCUGUUGGAGAUCUUUUCCAACUAAAACCUGUUUUUGAUGGUUGGGUUUUUGAAAAUUUAUCACAAGAGUAUGGACCGUUGGCUCUCAAUCUAUGGAGGGAAAACUUCAGAAUGUAUGAGCUUAAUGUAAUAAUGAGACAAAAAAAUUCAAGGGAAUUCGCAGAAUUGUUAAAUAGGCUCAGAGAAUGUAAACACACAACUUCAGAUAUUCAAUUCCUCUUACAAAGGAAAAUUCCUACAGAUCUGAUGCAUCCAGAGUACCCUAUCUUAACGCCUCACAUAUAUAUGAGAAAUGCAGAUGUAGACAGCCACAACCAAGUAGUAUGUGAAGUACAUGGCUCGGGAUAUUUGAAACUACAAGCAAAGGAUGUUGUUCUAGGAGAUGUCUCACUAUCAGUGAAAACAAGAAUUUUAAAUUCUAUACCACAUGACUCUUCAAAGACUAUGGGCCUUCUAAAAGAACUUAAGACAGCCAUUGGUUUGCGAAAUGAACUAUCCUGCAACAUUGAAGUGGAAGAUGGUAUGACAAAUGGGGCAGCAUUUGUACUUAAAAGAACUGGACCCAUAGACAAAAAAGGAAAUUUACAUUAUGUUUGGGCAAGCUUUGAAGAUGAUUGUGUUGGAAAGCUCACACGAAACAGAAACAGAAACCUUUAUACAGAAAAUAUAGAUAAGAUGUGGACAGCAAUUUUCAAAGUGAAACGGCAGUUUCCAGUGGGACGUUACAAAUCUGCAUGUGUGUUAAGACAUCAAUUUCCUAUCAGAUGUGCAGCAGCAAAAACCACACAUAGGUGUCAGGGAGACACAAUGAAAACUGCUGUUGUUGAUUUUAUGGGAAAGACCUUUCCACACUCCCAUUAUGUAGCCUUAAGUAGGGUAACUUCACCAGAACAAUUGUUCAUCAGAAAUCUAAAUGAGAGUAGAAUUAGAGUGGAUGAUAGAGUACAGCAUGAAAUGGAAAGACUAAGACAAGAUAUAGAAUCUCCAAUAUUUACCAGUAACCUUCAGUUAUCAAAUUCAGUAAUCAUUCUGUUCCAGAAUGUUAGGUCCUUGCACAUGCAUAUCAAAGAUAUUCAAAAUAGCUUCAUUUAUAAACUUUCAAACUUAAUGCUGUUUGUGGAAACAAAGCUGAAAGCAGCUAACAAAAAUGAACAGUUGUUGAUUCCUGGUUACCAUUUACACAGAUUUGACUUUCCUUCUGGUGCUAGAGCAACAUAUGGAAUUGUUGUGUACUCCAAAGAAACAAUUCCUGAUUUUAAUUUCACAUACAACAGUUUCCAUACAUCACCUGGAGUUAUUGAAAUGGUCAGCAUUCGUCUAGGAAAUAUUUUACCAUCAUUAUGUGAAAAUAUAUCAAUUCAUGGUAUCUAUAUUUCACCUAAAGUUAAAAAAGAGGCAGUUAAAACCUACAUAGAGCAGGAAAUCAAACAAACAAAUCAUGGAGAAGCUAUUUUCAUUGGAGACUUCAAUGAAGAUUUGCUUAAGAAACCUGCGGACAACUAUAUUGGUCAAACUCUCUGCUGCAAACAGCUGGUUACUACUGCGACGACAGACAACCAAACAUUGAUUGACCAUAUAUAUGUAACUGAUUCCUUACAAGAUUUAUCAUCUGCUUAUGUUUUGGAGUCGUAUUUCUCAGAUCAUAAACCACUGCUGCUACAGCUGAGAAAGAACUUUUAA